AUGAUCCAGUCUGACAUACAAAAUUCGCAUCAACAAGGUCUCACUGCGGCCCUCGAGGCUUUUGAACGAGAAUGUAUACCUCACGUUGGCCACCAUCACGAAGAAGUGCAAGCAAACCGCGAGCGCUUAUCAGGUCUUUUGGAGAAGAAACUCAUCGACCUGCGGCACGGCAAUGCCAUGAGCUGGACGAGGACAACGGGCCUAAACCACGUUGAGGGAGCCAUCGCUCAACAUAAUUCCUACCUCCAAGCCCGGUCGGCCACGGUAACGUCACGUGGUGAUGUUGAAGCCGCAAUAAUUAUUGCUAAACGUCAACUCGAACAGUGGAUAGCUGAGGAAGAGGAGACGUUGAUGCGGGCCAUCCGGGAGGAGCAACCUCACUUGGACCCGGAAGCGACAAUCAAACAUUUUCAAACGAUACGUGAACGUGGCUUACCACAAGCCGUCACGCUUGCCCGAGACGACUUUCGCUCCAGAAUGUCAACCGCUAUUGAGGCCCGGGAAAAAGAUACGAAUAUGCAACGCCGCCUAACGAUGCUUGAGAAGCGGGAACUGAUGAGCAAGGAGAUGCUGUCAACUAGUGAGAGGCAGCGCCAGGCAGAGGCCGAGCGGCGUGCGAUGGAGACCGAGGAAAAUAAGAGGAUGUCUGAGGGAGCGCGCGUACAAAUGGAAGCCCGCCUAGCUAUCUCCGAAAAGCUGAUGAAUGAUGCUCGACUGAUG